AUGUGUGUUCAGAAAAGAAAAAAAGCAGUAGUAAUAGCAGUGUUCUUUGAUAAAAGCAGGCAGUAUGUCCUGAUGGUGCCUGCUGUCCUUCAAACUGACUCUCCAGGCCAGGUUUGCCUGCAGUUCCUUAACCUCAACGAGACAAUAUCCGUCAGAGUCAUCCUUGAAUAUGGUGCUGUUAACACCACUAUUUUUGAGAAAACCAUGACAGCCAGCAACGGUCUACAGUGCUUCAACUUCACGAUUCCUCCUGUCAGUUCUGCCCCAUUGGCUUUCAUUUCGUUCUCUGCCAAGGGCACCACAGUCAGCCUAGAAGAGCGGCGGUCGGUGAUGAUCUGGAACACGGAAAGCAUUGUCUUUGUGCAGACAGACAAGCCCAUCUACAAACCAGGACAGAGCGUGAUGUUUCGUGUUGUUGCCCUGGAUUUCAAUUUUAAACCUGUUCAGGAGGUGUACCCCUUGAUUGCAAUUCAGGAUCCACAGGGCAACAGGAUCUUUCAGUGGCAAAAUGUGACGUCAGAGAUGAACAUUAUCCAGAUUGAAUUCCCACUAACUGAAGAGCCUAUCCUGGGGAGCUACAAAAUUAUCGUAGCAAAGAUGUCGGGAGAUAAAACAAAUCACUCAUUCCUUGUGGAGGAAUAUGUGUUGCCAAAAUUUGAUGUCACAGUCACUGCACCAGAAAGCCUUACAGUCCUGGAUUCAGAGUUCACGGUGAAAGCCUGUGGAGAGUAA